AUGCAUGCAAGAGAAAAACACGACAAUAAGAAGAGAGCAGCAAGGGUUUCAGACGGGGAGGGAAGGGGAAGUUUUAAGAAACUGGGGAGAUGCGUGCUUGGAAGCAAGCCCCUUGGGACGGGAGAUGCAUGCAGAAAAGGAUGGAUAGGCCAGCGAGAGAAAGAUGUUUUGGAAGGGGGGGGGGGUUUUGGGUCUCUUACCAAAACGCCAGAGACUUUUUUGGGGAGGGGGGAAAAAGCAAGACACCAGAGCUGGGGAGGGGAAAACGAGAGGUCGAAAGGAACGGUCGAUCUUAGGCCCGGCCAAGAGAUUUCCACCUUCCGCGUUUUAGUUGGAGGUUGGGAAAGAUGGGGCUGGAUGCAAGACCGCACGGGGCAGAGCUAA